AUGCGGCUUCUCUCCGCCCUGGCCCUGCUGUCCACCGCAUCUGCGCGGUCAAUCCAUCUGCCCUUCCUCCAGCAAACUCCCCUCGAGCCCAAUGGCUUCAAAGACGCCUGUCCGCUCGCCCCCAAGGUGACUCCUCCUGUCGACGGCCUGCACUCGUCCCUCAAGUUUGUCGAGGACCCCUCCAUCCGUGCGAAACAGGCCGAACGCCUGUCGAAAGCCGUCCAGGUGCCCUCCACCUCGACCGAGGCCGUCACCGAUCCCUACGAUGACUACUUUGCCCCGUUCCUCGACCUCCACCGCGUUCUGGAGUCUCUGUUCCCAUUGACACACGCGUAUGCCCGCGUCGAAAAGGUCAACCGCCUCGGCCUGAUCUUCACGCUCAACGGAACCAACGACGCCGUCAAGCCGCUGCUGCUGACGGCCCACCAGGACGUCGUGCCCAUUGACGACCCAUCCGACUGGACCUACCCGCCCUUCUCGGGUUAUUUCGACGGCCAGUGGCUGUGGGGACGCGGCGCCAGCGACUGCAAGAACGCGCUGAUCGGCCUGCUCUCGGCCGUCGAGGAUCUCCUGCAGCAGGGCUGGGAGCCGACCCGGACGGUCGUGCUCGCGUUUGGCUUCGACGAGGAGUCGCAUGGCUGGAACGGCGCGGGCGAGAUCGCCAAGGUGCUCGAGAAGCGCUAUGGCCGCGACAGCUUUGAGCUGCUGCUCGACGAAGGCGGCAUGGGCCUGCAGACGCUGGGCGAUGUGGUCUACGCGCUGCCCGGCGUGGGCGAGAAGGGCAGCAUCGACCUGCAUCUCGCCCUGAGCAUCGACGGCGGCCACUCGUCGGUGCCGCCGCCGCACACGGGCAUCGGCAUCAUCGCCGAGAUCAUCUACCACCUGGAGCGGGACGACCUGUUCGUGCCGCGGCUCGACGAGAAGCACCCGGCGCGCCAGACCCUGCAGUGCCAGGCGCAACACUCGCCGGACGACGUCGAGCCCUGGCUGGCCUCGGCCCUGGAGUCGGACGACUACGUCGGGCUGGCCGAGGCGCUGGCCGCGUCGCGCGGCGAGACGGUGCGCUUCACGUACCAGACGUCGCAGGCGGUGGAUCUGAUCCGGGGAGGCGUCAAGAUCAACGCGCUGCCGGAGAAGAUCAACGCGACGGUCAACUACCGGGUAGCGCUGCACGAGAGGCCGGACGACGUCAAGGCUCGGGCGGUAAAGAUCAUCCAGCCCAUCGUCGAGAAGUACAACCUCAGCUUCAACGCGUUCGGAUCGGGGGACAGCAGCAGCAGCAGCAACCACCUCGACCUGACAACGCCCAACAUCCCGCUGGAGCCAGCACCGAUCAGCCCGACAGACGUGCGCAAGGACGCGGUGUGGGCGCGCUUCUCGGGCGUGGCACGCUCGGUGUUCGAAUCGGUGCCCAGUCUGGCAGGCAAGACGGUGGUGGUCAGCGGCGACAUCAUGACGGGCAACACGGACACGCGGUUCUACUGGAAUCUGACGAGGAAUAUCUACCGGUGGAACCCGCAGCGCGCGGGGGGGUCGGUGAACAUCCACACGGUGGACGAGAGGGUGGACAUUGACGUGCAUCUGGAGGGGAUUGCCCUAUAUUACGAUCUGAUCCGUUCGUUUGACAAGUGGAGUAACUAG